AUGGCCUUGAGAAACCACAGCGCCAUCACGGAGUUCAUCCUCCUUGGGCUGUCGGCUGACCCCGAAGUCCAGGCGCCGCUCUUUGCGCUCUUCCUGGGGAUUUACCUCCUGACCGUGAUGGGGAACCUGACGAUGCUGCUGGUGAUCAGAGCUGAUUCCCAGCUCCACACACCCAUGUAUUAUUUCCUGAGUCAUCUCUCCUUCCUGGAUCUUUGCUUUUCUUCAGUCACUGUGCCCAAGCUUCUGGAGAACCUCCUGUCUGAAAGGAAAGUCAUCUCAAAAGAGGGCUGCCUGAUUCAAGCUUUCUUUGUGUUUGCCAUUGGAGGAACAGAAAUUUUCCUGCUGUCUGCCAUGGCCUAUGACCGCUAUGCUGCCAUCUGCCACCCUCUGCUCUAUGGCCAGAUGAUGAGCAGCCAGCUGUGUGUAAGGCUGGUAUGGGCUUCAUGGAGCCUGGGUUUCCUGGAUGCAGUUAUCAACAUCCCCCUGGCUAUGAACUUGAACUUCUGUGAAGCCCAUACCAUCUCCCACUACAGCUGUGAGCUACCCUCUCUCUUUCCUUUGUCCUGCUCUGAUGUCUUCAGCAAUGUCACGGUCCUGAUUGCUUCCACACUCUUGCAUGGCUUUGGUACAUUCUUCCUGAUCUUCUUCUCUUAUGCCCGUAUUGCAACCACCGUCCUGAGCAUCAGCUCCACCACAGGCAGAAGCAAGGCUUUCUCCACCUGCUCCUCCCACCUCACCACAGUGAGCUUCUUCUAUGGAUCAGCUUUCCUUCGUUAUCUCCUGCCAACUUCAGGCUCGCCGCUGGAGCUCAUCUUCUCCAUACAGUAUGGCACAGUCACUCCCCUAGUGAAUCCCCUCAUCUAUAGCCUGAAAAACAAAGAAGUAAAGGCGGCUCUGAGAAGAAUGCUGGAGAAAUAUUUGCAAUGGCAUAAGUAUCAGGCUACAAAGAGAUGA